UUUUUUCCGGGACUUUUUUAUCCCGAGACUUUUUUCUUACCAUCAUAUAAAAUACUAUAUGAUUAAGCGUAAGUUGAUAAAAUAUAUUGGGGGGAGGGGUUGAAGCCCCACUAUAAACUUCCAAUGUGGAGUUCUUCCAGGUGCUUUUCCAACUUUUGGACCGAGUGAAAAAGUCGACACGUUAAGUAGAAAAAUUAUAUCAUAUCGAAAAUAUCAUAACAUAUCUAAAAUAGCUUAAAAAGCGUUAAAUAUUUUUCAAGUAUCUCUGUUAAUUGUUUUUGAGUUACCUGCACAUUUAUAAAAACAAUACGAGUUUGUCGAAAACUGGCUUGAUAUUACGGCAGAGGGUGUUUUAGUGUUUAGGGCUGAACCGCGUAAUUGAGGCCUUUAACAUCGAAAAAUUAGCUAUUAUUCAGGGGGUGUGCCGUUAUUACCACUUACAAUAGACAUUUAUUAUUAGAUCUGCAUACGUUGAACAAAACCAACAUAACUCAAAUUUGGUACUUUUAUCUUAUACUAACAGAUCCACAACAUUUUCCUCUACAAAAUGAUAGACGAACAUUGUCACAGAUUAGUGUUAAGUAGUACUUAUAAUAUUUUUUGUUUUUAUUGCAUUCAUGAAUGUUACCUAAUUAAUUUAAUAUUAAUUAAAGAUUUGUAUCACCGAAAUAACUUAAAAUUAUGUUCUAGGAUAAAAUUUGAAUUUGAAUUUAAAUUCCUUCAAAAAUCCAAAUUUGUAUACUUGUAUAUUUAAGCUAUGAGGGCGAGUAUAAUAAGCACCUACAUCGCAUUUCAUAAUUAGGAAGAAUAGUACACGUUGACGUAUGAUGUUGUUAACUUAAAAUCAGGUUGCCAAUACGUUUUUACAAUUUAAAGUUUGGGGUCCCAUUUUUACAUAGACUACGAUAACGAUUCACUAUGGAUUCCCUGUAGCAGUAGCAUGUAUCAUAAAAAAAUAGGUGUUGCUCAAAUAAUUUUAGGUGACCUACCCCUCAUUAUACUGUUAUACCGACCUAAAAAUGUCCUAUUUUUUCUUUUAUCAAUACCUACCCCCCUCCCCCCCAUAUUUAAGGUGUUUUCUGAGCAACACUCGGACCUUAUGUUAUAAGCCACUGCCCUGUAGGCAGAUCAGCUGACCUAGAGUUAUUUCAAACUUCAAUAUUGCCCAGUAGUACCAAAUGACAAAGUAGCAAAAAUGACGUGUAGAGCAGUUUGUACCUCACUCCCCAAUUUAACAUAAUAUAACAUUUGUUUAUUAACGUUAGCCAAAAUACGACUAUUAUACGACCACUGUGGUAAUCUGGUUAUCAUAUCUUAUCAAUAUUGGCAUUUCGUUUGUGUACAACAACUGUGUGGCUUAAGGUUUUUAUUAUUUUUUACUUAUUGUCUUAAAUUGUGGUAUUUCUGUGUAAUGAAAUUGUUAUAAGAAGUUGUAUUAGGUUCUGUGGUAUUAUAGUUGAUAAAGAAUGGAUAGGCCAUUAGCCUUUAUCAUACGAUCUGAAAUAGUUGAUGUAGGUGCGGCUAUACCUACUACGAGACAGGCACCUUCGUGAGACAGAAAUAUUAUCUUCUUUUUUUUUAACGAGGCACCUAAUAUUCUAAGCAUAGGCGUGGCCUAUCCAUUGAUAUCCUUGAUUCGGAGUAGCGGAUCGUAGAUGUAGACAUUCUUUGUCUUUUGUACAGCGCAGCGUCAAUUCAGGCAUUGAAUGACUACAUGCACUGCAUAACUUUGUUUAUUUAAUCGUUUGUUAUUGCCAUUUAAUAUUAUUCAAAUAUAUUUGUUUUUACUGUGUAAUACACCGUUUACACCACAACUGCGGCAACAGUUUUCGGUAUGUACUAGAUUGAUAAAAAAAUAGUAUCACAUCGCGUUUGUCAUUCACUUACAUCCGGUAUCCAGUGGUGUAUGAAAUCAGCAGUUUCGCAUCAGAUUUCUUUGACAUUUGUGAAAAACGAUGAACUCAACCGGUCAAAAUGUAAAACAAUCGAUACAAUGAACAUAUUUACUGAUUGAAAGCAUCAGAAAUAAUGUUUAAAAGGGUGUAAAAGAAGAAAACAUCAUUAUAAAAGAAGAAAGUACCAUAAAAAACAUUUUGUUAUUUGGCAGUCAUAAUUUGAGUAAAAGUUUUAGCAUGGCUCCUUCAAAAUCUAUCAACCGUAAUUCCAAUUCAAAAAACUCUAGAUUCAAUUCAAGGUCAAAAAGCUCUUCGAACAUUUUAAAAGUGAAUGAAAAAAAAAAAUACUUGAAAUUAAUAAAUGCUAAAGAAAAAACUAGUAAAAAAUGGUAUGAUGUUACAGUACAAAAUCCAAAAAGAGGCCGUACAACUUUAAAAAAAUCAAGUUCUAGUAUCCCGAUCAAGUGUAAGAUUCAAUGCCCACAGACUUCAUGUUGUAUACGUAUUACCAACUUGUCCAGAAAAGUUUCCAAACAUUUUCUUCAUCAAAUAUUUUCUGAAUUUGGAACAAUAAAAAAAUUAGAUCUACAUUUCAACACUUAUGAUAGAAUUUCUAAAGGAUUUUCAUACAUAAUGUUUUCCACUCCAGAAGAAUCUGAAAAUGCUGUGAUAACUAUGGAUAGAUGUGAAAUUGAUGGAUAUGAUAUAAUGUGUGAACUAUGGUUCUUGCCAUAUAUAGAAAACCGUGUAAGUUCUAUUCUUCGUGGUGCAAGCAGUGGAGUUCGAUACCAAAGAAAUUCAUCAAAGUGUAUAUCAUCAACUUGUAAUAUACAACAUUAUUCUCAACUAGAUGGACUGAGUUCUCAUUCUGGAACUCUUUCUCAUUCUCAAACGUCUUAUGAUUAUUUACCUCCGAACAAAUCUAUCUCUGGGUCUUCAAGAAAAUCAUCUAGAUUAAGAUCUGGUUCUAAAUCUUUACCAACACAUCAUUCUAAAUCUCAAAGAAAAUCUAAUAAUAGAUCUCGUUCUAACUCUCGUAAUAGAUCCCGUUCUAACUCUCGAAAUAUAAUAAUAGAUUCUAAGCGUUCAAAAAGUUCUCACUCUAGAUUUUCAAAAAGAUCUCAUUACAGAUAUUCUAGAAAGCAAUAUUAAUUUCAUUAAAAAUAAAUAAGUAUUAACUCUUUAUAAAUGAUACAAACAAGUACAAAUUAUUAUAAAUAUUAUUAUUAUCGUUGUGGUUUU